AGCAGGCAUGAAUUUUUCUCCACCCCUGUGGGUGCUGCCGCUCUUGCUGCUUGCCGCCUCCCCGGUCUUCGCCUUCCUCCUGCCCCAUCCCUCCACUCUCCCUCUUGCCGACCGCAGACCCGGCGAAUGCCGGACACAGCAUCUGACGUCUUCCUCCCUGGUCCCUCAGGCCAUGGGAGAGAGGAGACAGGGUGAUCCGGUCACCUCCCUCCCGCCUUCCCUUCCUCCCUCCUUGCCGUCCCACCUCCUUCAAGCCCCACGGGCCUUGCAACAGCACCUCGCGAAAAUGAUCUUGUCGCUCUCCUUCCUUCUCCCCACUGCCUGCGGGAUCUCUGCGGGCAUGGCCCCUCCCUUCGUGCCCGUAGCGCGUGCCGAGGAGGUCAACCUGCUCGAGCAGCUGGAGGCAUUGAAC